AUGGCAACAUCGAUGAAUAAAAAUAUGCAAGAAACAAAAUCUACGGUUGGCUUACUAUUAAUAAUUGGAGAGAUUAUUUCCAAUGAUCAACGUGAUGAAAUAUGCAUUGAUCUUAAACAAGCAUUAAAAAAAGUUGAUAAUAAGACAUAUCAUGAAAUAAUUGAUCUUUUUAAUAAUUUAAUUCAUGAAAAUGAAUUUCAAAUAGAUUGUCAAUAUCGACAAAUAGCUGAUACUGAAAAUGGUUCAGUUGCAGGAUUUGUUUAUUUACCAAAUCAUCAUGCAUUAUUCAAUGUAUUCAAAGAUUUAUUUAAUACUUGCUAUCAUGUUUGUAUUAUCUAUUGUGGUCAACAAAUUGAUUCUAAUGGUGCUCUGAUUUUAUCUGAUUCACUAUUUACAUGUGAUCAUUUUUAUAGUUUAUUCGAAGAUAACUCUUCUUAUCUUGUUCAAGAUCUUCAAAUAAUUUUACCAUUUGUUUCAAAUCAAUGGAUAAAAUUAUCAAAUAAUUAUUUAGAAAAAAAAUUAAAAUUUGUUCAAAUUGAUGAUUUAUCUGGUAACAUCAAUCAAGAGAAUUCAUUUGGACAAGUAUUUUAUGAAAGAUUGAUUCAAACUUUAACUAAAGAUUCAACUAAUUUUGAUAUUUAUACAAAAUUAAUACCAAGAGAUAAUUCAGGAACAAUUGCUUUUGAAGAACCAAAUCUUUAUGUAUUAUAUGGACAACAAGGUGAAGCAUCUUUAUUUGGUGUUCGAGGAUUUGUUGUAUUAGUUAAUGGUGGAUUUAGUCGAAUUCCUUCUUAUUGGAAUUUAAUUCGAGGUUUACAAAAUAUUGAUGCAUGUAUUUUAACACAUUUUGAUUAUGAUGUAUUUCCUGGUUUACAAACAAUUUUACAUCGUAAAGCAAUUUCAUCACAACAUGAUAAUCAAUUAUGUAAACCAGAUAUUGGUGCUAUUUUUCUUAAUCAUAUACAACGAACAAAAAUACAAUCAGUACAACAUUCGUUAAAAUCAUUAUCAAAUAGCAAAUUAUUAAUUAAUUUAAAUGAAAAUAUUGAUGAAUUUUUAAAUGAUAUUAAACAAUUAAAUAUCGAUGCAAUUGAUUUAGUUAAAAAUUCCAUGCUUCAUAAACAAAAUAUCGAACCAAUAAAUCUUUUUAAAAAAAUUGCAUUCGGUUCACUUGAUCUUUAUAUAUUACAUCCAACGUCAUCCAUAUCUGAAGAUGAAAAAAUUCUUGCAAAUUUACAAAAAAUUCCAAUACGUGAUCAACAACCAUCACCUUCAAUAAUUCCAUUUCAUCAUUGGUAUUCAUCAUGUUUAUUGCUUGUUUGGACACCAAGUUCUCUAUCGAGCAAGAAUAAUUCAGUACGAAUUUUAUAUACAGGUGCUUGUCCACAAACACUUGUCUUUGAAGCAUUGAAUAAAGUUAGACAUCUUGAAUUUUUACAUGAACCACAACAACAACAACGACAACAACAGCAAAGAACUCACACGAGCAAUAUUAAAACAACAUUAUCUACUAAUACAAAUACAGGUGUUAAACAUUCAUCACACAAACCUAAGAUUUCUCCUCCAGUAACAGAUCGAGUAACAUCAUCAACAGUUCAAAGUAAAACACCAAAAGUUUCACCACGUCCUAUUUCUUCUAAGCCGAAAGUUUCACAAAGUAGAACAAUAAAAACUGAAAAACCUCGAUCAACACCAAUUCCAAGAAAGAUGCCUCCUCUGAAAACGAAUAGUCCUGCUCGAUCAAAUAAUAAAGAUAAAGAGGCACAAAAACCUCGUGGAACUACCGCUAAAAGCUCUACUAAACAUAACCAAAUGAAAAAUCAUGUGCAAAAGCCGAAAACUCAAGAUGACCAGAAGCAAAAAUUAGAUGUUCCAAAUAAAGAACAACAAAAACUAGACAUUCCAAAUGAAGAACAACAAAAAUUAGAUGUUCCAAAUGAAGAACAACAAAAACUAGACAUUCCAAAUGAAGAACAACAAAAAUUAGAUGUUCCAACUGAAGAACAACAAAACCUAGACAUUUCAAAUGAAGAACAACAAAAACUAGACAUUACAAAUGAAGAUCAUCAGGAAAUAGACGCUAACAAUGAACAUGAACAAAAAUUAGAAAUACAGAAUGAGGAAACUGAACAAUCGAGCGAAAUUCAACUUGAUCUUUCUUUUCAAAAUGAUAGCGAAGAACAAUCACAAGAGAAGAAUAAACAUGAUAUAUCACCUGAUGAAUUGAAUGAAAACAAUGAAACAGCAAUAGACAAUCAUGAAGAUGAAAUUCAACGACCAGAAUCAGUUCCAUUAGCAAUUGAUCAUAAUGAACCAUUUGUUGAAAGUCAUACUGACUCACCAAAAGAUGAAAUGCAACCUGAAUCAGGUCCGGAUGAUCCGAUGACAACAAGUUUUAUUGAUGAAAGUUCUAAUACGAAAAAUCCAUUGAUUAUUAAAAAAACUAAUGAUGAUAAUAAUAUCGAUGAUGAAAUGGAAAUCAUUCAUCGUGAUAUAUCACCAACAAAUCAACAUUCCGUACCGUCUAUUGAUGAAAUUAAUCCACAAGGUUUACCAAUUGAAAAUGAUGUUCGUUCAAUAAAACCAACAAUUAAAAAGCUAAGCAAUGCAUCAAAUCGAACAAAUGAACCAACUAAAUCAACAAAUAAUAUUAAUCAAACAUCAUCACAAAAAUCCAAACAAACAUCAUCGUCAAAUUCAAUUUUCAAUGUUGACGUUGCAUAUAUUCCAUUUCAUGGUAAUGAACAUUAUGUUGAUGAAGAAUUCUUUCGUCGUGUACGUGCUCGUUAUUAUAUUUUAAAUGCUGUACAAAUAAGUCGUCUUACACUUGAGUCAUUAAUUGAGGGAAAACAACAAUGGGAAAAUAAAGAACAUGCACCAGUUACUCUUGUACCAACAUUUGAUGGUGAACAAUUACGACAAUUUUUUGUUACGAAUAGAAAUCGUUUAGCAGAACUUAAUAUAAAUAUUCUGCCAGCAUCAAUUCGUUGUAAUGUGCAAUAUGAUAAUGAAGGUUCACCAUCACAACUUUUACGUUUUAGUUCAAUAUACAAUACAGAUGAACAAUAA